UGAAACAUUGAAGUCACAAUUCCAAGCAAGUAACUUCUCUAGUAAGUUUGUGAAUGAAAAUGAUGAAGCAUGAGUUGAUGGUUACUGCAUUAACCAUGGUGGUAAGAAUAGUUGCACUUGCAGCUGAUACCUGCAAUGACAUUCACACUUGCGGAGAUAUAGAAAUUCCAUACCCUUUUGGCAUAUACAACAACAACCCGGAUUGUUUCUCCCGUCGAAAAUUAAUGCCGCUCAGUUGCAGUAACUCCAAAAUUUAUGCGGGUAAUAACUUGCAAGUAUUAGACAUAAACAUCUCCAAAUCUCAAAUCGAAUUGUGGUUUUAUGUCUCCAAGUAUUGUGGCAUUGGAAAGGAUAGUAACACUACACUUACUAGUAACUUCUGUACCAUUUCGAGCAAAGAUAACAAGUUCCUAACUGUUGGUAAUAACAGUUUCGGUUAUCUUACCAGUUACACUGAUGAAGGAAUUAGCUACUCAACAGGGUGCUUAACAAGAUCUUUUGGUGAUCCAAGAGACAUUGAUAAUGGAAAAUGUACCGGUAUAGGGUGUUGCCAAGUUGACAUUCCUCCUCGAAUGACCAAUAUAAGUAUACAAGCUUUUAGUUUUGACAGAUCAUCACAAUCUUGUAGCUAUUCAUUUGUUGUCAAGAAUGGUAACUAUACUUUUUCUUCCACUCAUUUAUCACAAGGUUUACCUGAGAAACUGCCUGUGAUUUUUGACUGGACCAUUGGUAAGGGAAACUGCACUUCUGCCAAGAAUAAUGGAGUCGAUUAUGGGUGCAAGAACAAUAGCAAAUGUGAUGACAAGGACGUAGAUUUUGGUUAUCGAUGCGAAUGCAAUCCAGGCUAUGAAGGAAAUCCUUAUCAUCCCAUUGGCUGCACAGACAUUGACGAAUGUGAAAACGACACACAUGAAUGCAAAACUAAAGCAAAUUGUAAGAACGCUUAUGGGAGUCACACAUGUUUCUGUCCAAGGGGGUCUUAUGGAGAUGGAACAUUGAAAGGAGGAUGUCAACAAAAUUCAAGAGUACAAAAAAUUGUCCUUGGUGGAGUGGUAGGAGCAACAUUGUUUCUUCUAUUUGCUGGGACAUUUUCAUGCUUAAUAUACCAUAAGAGGAAAUUCAACAAAUUGAAAGAGAAACUCUUUGAGCAGAAUGGUGGUUUAUUUUUGAGACAAAAACUCUCUGCAAAAGAAUAUUCCUCCUCUCAAAGUACUCAAAUAUUCAAACAUGAUGAACUAAAGAAGGCAACCAAAAACUUUGACCAGAGUUUAAUCAUAGGCAGAGGUAGUUUUGGUACUGUUUUCAAAGGAUUUCUAGAUGAUAAAAGAAUUGUCGCUAUCAAAAAGUCCAAUCAAAUAAACAAAAGUCAAAUCCAACAAUUCAUCGACGAGGUGGUUGUUCUCUCUCAAAUAAAUCAUAGGAAUGUGGUCAAACUUUUGGGGUGUUGUUUAGAGACAAAAGUUCCUCUCUUGGUUUAUGAAUUUGUUUCCAACGGUACCCUAUCUAAUUUCAUACACAGAGAACGCGAAGUGAAUAAUGAAACCUGGAAAAUUCGUCUUAAGAUAGCAGCAGAAGUUGCGAGAGCUUUGUCAUAUCUACAUUGGGAUGUCACAAUACCCAUUAUCCACAGUGAUGUCAAGAGUGCUAAUGUUCUCUUGGAUGGAACCAACACUGCUAAAGUAUCUGAUUUUGGAGCUUCAAAAUUGGUUCCACUUGAUCAAACUCAAGUAGCCACAAUGGUGCAAGGAACUUUAGGCUACUUAGAUCCAGAGUAUAUGCAAACUAGUCAAUUGACUGAUAAAAGUGAUGUCUAUAGCUUUGGAGUAGUCCUUGUGGAACUGCUUACAGGAGAGAAACCUUUUUGUUUUGGUGGGCCAGAAAAUAGUAGAAGUCUUGCCAUGCACUUUCUGUCUUGCUUGAAAAAAGAUAAUGUGUUUGAAGUUAUUCAAGAUGGUAUGUUGAACAAGGAAAAUGAACAAGAGAUCAAGGAAGUUUCUGUUCUUGCGGCAAAGUGUUUGAGACUAAGAGGGGAGGAAAGACCAAGCAUGAAGGAAGUGGCUAUGGAAUUGGAGGGAAUGAGGUUAAUGGAUAAGCAAUCUUGGAUCAAGGAUGACAUAAAUAUAGAGGAGAGUAAGUACUUACUUUGUAAGGGGCAACGUGGCAAUGGAUCCACUUAUUGAGGGGUUGAGGCGUGGCACGAGAGAACGGGUUGCUAACAGAAAAUAUUAUGUGUUGAUUUUGUUUAAAUUGACCAAUUAUUGGCUGCACUUGGUGUGGAAUGAUUGGUUAAGAAAUAUCUUUCUCCCAGAGCUGUGAAGCUUUCUAGAAUCAUUCCUUAGAUUUUCUGUUUGUAUUUCAUCUUUCAAUUAGUUUUUGCCAUCUACAUUUGUUGCUUUCCCUAAAUUGUGUGUUUGUAUUCGUUGAAUCUUGUGGAAUAGUACAAUUUACACUCAAUUUUCUACUCUUCU